GGAGGAGAGCUGAGGGUUUUAUUUUCAGCAUGCAUGUGUGAGGCAGGCAGAGAGGAGGAGAGGAGAGGAGCGCGUUGUUCCCAGCUGAGCAUCAGUGGGAGGAAACUGAGGAGGAGGAGGAGAUCUUAGAGCCGGAGCAUCGCUGCAGAAACACCAACACAAGAAGGAGCUGACAGAGAACCUAGUGGAGAGAAGGAGGAGAAGAAGAGGAGGCACAACUGGGGACCUCCAAGCAGCAGGAGAACCAAGGAGGAGAACCAUGAAGCAGCAGCAGCUCCAUCAGUUCUGAUCGGCCGCUCUGACCCAGCAGCUGAGCUGCAUUCAUCUCAUCAGCAGGAGAACAAGGUGAGGCGGCAGUGGGCGAGUUCUGACCCACUCAGCCGCCGUUUGAUUGGUGGCCUGUGAUGAUUGCGACAGGAGGCCUGCUGAGAAUCAACGCCCGGCGACAAGACUCUCUGAGGUCCAAACCGCACAGACCGCAUGGAAACAAGAAAAAGAACAAAAACAAAAGACGCAACGAGGUGGUGGUUGUCAAGGGGAAGUUAAAGUUGUGCUCCAUCGCAGGACUGGUAGCUGUGCUCGGGAUCCUGGUCCUGCUGGUUGGUGUGCUGAUGGCAGCUCUGGGCUACUGGCCUCGUAAUGGACUGUUCCUCAGCUCUCAGCAUCAGGAGGGCGCCGCUAUGGCCUUGAUGGCCUUCAGAACUCCAACACCAGCAACUGUUGAGGUCCAGAAAGAAACCAGGUGGGAGGAGCCAGAAAGAGAUGACAGAGUCAACGCGGGAGAAGAUAAAAGAAAUGAGAAAGGAAAAGAAGAAAAUGUUUUUAACCAAACAGAGGCUAUCAAUGGGACCAAUCACCAUCUUCCACGAGGAUUUCUGGAAGAUUUCUUGGAAAGGUAUCUGUACUCUGACAAGCUGAAGGUCUUUGGCCCGCUCAUCAUGGGGAUUGGAAUUUUCCUCUUCAUCUGUGCCAACGCUGUCCUGCAUGAGAACCGAGAUAAGAAGACAAAAGUCAUAAACUUGCGGGACAUUUACUCCACCGUCAUUGACCUCCACAGUGUCCGAAAGCCUCAUUCUUCCUCGUCUGGCUCUAACCAUCCGCCGUCGGCCAAUCAACUCAACGGACUCAUUAACUACGUUCAGUCGAGGAGUCUGGACUCAAAGUACCGAACUUGCCCAGUUGCCCUGCUUUCGUCAAGGCAGUCUGCCAGUAGCAGGAGGUCCAGUGAUGGAGGGGGAGGUGCAGUCUUUAGUAUCUAUCAGGAGCUGCCUCUCUCCUCUGACAGACACUCCCUGCCACAAACGUCCACGCCCUGCUGGAGCUCCCACCACAAGGAGGUGCUCAACUCAUUCACGUUACCUCGGCCUCGCCAGAGGUCCCCCGGUCCCCGCAGAAGACACUCAUUCUGGGCUGGGACUGGCCGGGAGGAGGAAGAGCAGAAGAAGAAGGAAAUACAACCAGCCCCCGAAGGUGCCUCCUCUCCACCACACGGAGGCUCUGAGGCUUUGCUCCUCUUCUCUUCUUCCUCCCUCUCAUCCAUGUCCCACCUACUUUCUUCCUCCUCCUCCACACCCGCUCCACCCUGUAGAAGGCGGAGCCUCCCAACAGUGGUCUUAAACGCAGCCUACAGUGAACUGACUCAAGGAGAGGAAGAGUCCUCUGAGGGGUCCUCCUCAAAUAAGCUGAUCCCAGAGGGCCAUGUGUUACACUCGCAACAACUUUCAGAGAUGAAGUUCCAGCAGACGGAACCUGAGGUCAUACCUGCACCCUUUGGGAUGGAGGAUCCAGAGCCCAACUUAUGACCCUCAUGACGACACAGAGUAGCAAUACGAAGUCUUCCUUUUUAAAGACGGCACAAGCUUCCAGUUCCUGUAGACUGAGGAACUGAUCAGUGGCUACGGCCUAGUAACCUUGGUGGCAUUGCACUCGUCUCACGUUGCUUUUCUGGUAAACUUUAGCCACGCCCCCUUUAAUCUUACCUUUUCAAAAUACUCUCUAAGUGAUAAGAAGCGAUCGCCUUUUUCAGGCGAUCAAAUGUCCUGGUUUAAUUCCUGUUUUAUCACAAAACUAGUUUUAAGGAAAAAAUAAUGUGGGAUGAUAAGUUUGGUUUAGGUAUUGGUCUGUUGAUAGUAGGAUUAGCACUAUUCAAUUCUAUUCAGUUUAUUUCUAUAGCGCCAAUUCACAUCAUGUCAUCUCAGGUCACUUUCCAGUUCACCAGAUCAUCCAGUCUGAUUGAUCCAAAGUUUUCUAUCUAAGGAAAACCAGCUGAAUUCGACUCUUUUCAAAUUCAGAUGGAGAUAGCCUGAACAGCGCGCUGCUCAGCAGGCAGAGCAGGAGGUGAACAUGAUUCGUCUCACCAACAGCAGCAAUAGCACCAUCUAGUGGCCAGUUCAUGAGGCGUCAUGAGGCGUUUCGACACAUUUGUAUCAAGUUGACUCUGUGUCACUAAAUACUGAUACCUGCUGGACAGUUUCAGUCUCUACAUGCAGCCUCUGACAGACUAACCUGACACCAAUUGGAUGACCUACAGUCGGAUUUAAGCCAUUGUUUGCUUUAAUGGAUUAUUUCAUAUCUAUUGUUUAAAGUCUACAUUACAGACUGGUGUGGAUAAAGUUCCUCCUUUAGUCACAAUAAGAAAAAGAUCACAGAAUAUGGUGCAACACUGGGAAUUUGAUCGCCUGAAAAAAUAUAUAUAUGUUUAAUGUGAACCUUUAUUUUGAAAGGCAAGAACACAGGGGGCGGGGCUUAAAUUAUUCCUUUGAGCGCUAUGGCAUGAAGGUCACUUGGCUGUAGCUAUAUGUCCUUGGAUAUUAUGCAUAACCCUGUUUUUAACUGGCAGAAGCAUAAAGCAUUGAGGAGAGCAGUAAGAGCAACAGAAGCCUGACUGACCCAGUCCAACCCGGUCCAACCUGGUCCAACCUGGUCCAACCGGGUCCAACCCGGUCAAACCCUGUCCAACCCGGUCCAACCCGGUCAAACCCAGUCCAACCCGGUCCAACCCGGUCCAACCUGAUUAAACCAGUCCAACCCGGUCCAACCCGGUCCAACCUGAUUAAACCAGUCCAACCCGGUCCAACCCAGUCCAACCUGAUUAAACCAGUCCUAUCCUGCUUCUUUCCAUUUACGGCCCUUUUGAAAUUUUCUUUUAAUUCCUGUUUAAUGAAUUACCUUGAUUCCUGUGUGGGGCUCCACAGUGGGUGAGUGGGUAGCACAGCUGGUCCAGGUUCGAUUCCCAGCCCGGGGUCUUUCUGCAUGGAGUCUGCAUGUUCUCCCUGAGCAUGCGUGGGUUCUCUCCGGGUACUCUGGCUUCCUCCCUCAGUCCAAAAACAUGAAUGUUAGGUUAUUU